UUGAGCGGAUUGUACAGCAGUUGACAUAGAUAAGGCUGUAUGAGAAAGUUUUUUGCUUGAACGUAGAUAAAUUAGUACUGUUAUUUACGUGGAGCAGAUCAUUGAACCUUGACCGUGUUGAAGUCACUGGCGCCUGUUUGUUUUUUCAUUUUCAAGAAAACCUGCAGGCUUUCAUAGUCUCCAAAAUAAGGCUUCCUUCUCUCCAAAUGACUGAGCCUCAGCCAUCUGUACUUCUCAACACUGGGACUCGGAUGCCUCUGUUGGGACUGGGCACUUUCCGUUUGCAGGGUCAAGAGGACACUUAUAAUGCUGUGGAUGCAGCUUUGACAGCUGGUUACCGUGCCUUUGACACUGCGGCAGUGUACCAUAAUGAAGCACAAUUAGGUCAUGCCCUCCGUUGCCUGUUGCCCAAGCAUGGCCUCUCUCGAGAAGAUGUUUAUAUUACUAGUAAAUUGGGUCCCAAAGAUCAAGGGUCCAAAGCCAGAGAUGGUUGCCUGAGGAGCCUGGAGCAAUUGGGAUUGGGCUACAUUGACCUAUAUCUUAUUCAUUGGCCAGGUACUCAGGGGCUGCCAGCAGGGGAUAAACGAAAUCCUGAAAACCGUGCUCAAAGCUGGACAGUCUUGGAGGAGUUCUACACAGAAGGAAAAUUUCGGGCCAUUGGGGUGUCUAAUUACACAGUAGAGCACAUGCAUGAGCUACUGAAGAGUUGUAAAGUGCCCCCAGCAGUUCUUCAGGUGGAGUUCCACCCAAAGCUGGUUCAAAUGGACUUGAGGGCACUUUGUAAGGAAAGAGCGGUGUGUUUUCAGGCAUACUCGUCUCUUGGAACAGGGGUUCUACUAUCAGACCAUGUGGUUCUGGAUUUAGCAAAAAAGUAUGGGAGGACAUCAGCCCAAGUGUUGCUGAGGUGGGCUGUACAACAGAACAUUCCAGUACUUCCAAAAUCAUGUCAGCCAGAACGUGUGGAAGAGAAUGGGCGUCUGUUUGACUUUGAGAUUAGCGAGGAGGAUGUGGAAAGGCUCUCUGCUCUAGAUUGCGGGGAGAAGUUCUGCUGGGAUCCAACACAAGUGUCUUAAAGACAACUCAUUGACAAAAACUCAUGUUUUGACUUACUGAAAUUCCUACUAUUUUAUCUUUUGCUAGAC